CUUUUUGAUGUGUUUGUGCAGAUUGAUACUCCAAUCAGAUAACCCAUGAGGCACAUGCAACAUAGACAAGCACUUGGCUGUCGCGCAAUCAUGAUCGGCUGUGCGGUUGAUACAGGAAGAUGGGCAUAUGAUGACCCAUAUGACGAAUGAUCAGCUUCAAACAUCCAAAUUCUGGGGGAAUGCUGUGGGAUGUUUGUGGCAACUUGAGUGCUAUCAAACCAUCUCACCUUUUGAGAACAAGGUUUGUAACAGGUUUCGUUUGUUGACUCUUUCAGGCUCUCAAUAGAUAUAUAACAGCCUUUCCUCCAGCCUGAGCCCAACUUCUUCUGCAUCAACACUCAACUUCAUCACUUGAAAUCGAACUUCAAAAAACUUGAACAGGAAAAGUAUUUCAAAGACACAAAAAUAAAUCAAGAUGACUGGCCAUACCAACACCGGCAAGGAGUCCACCAUGGACAAGAUCAAGGAUACCCUCCACCUGCACAAGGACCACCCAACUGAUACAAGGACCGGCCAUGCCACAGGCCCUGAAUACUCUACUACUGGCAACACAGGAACUGGAGCUGGAUAUUCCGGCACUGGACCUGGUGUCACUGGAACUUCUGCUACAUAUCCAAGCACUGGGACUGGUGUCAGGGAGACCGAUAUAUAUUCAAGCGCUGGACCUGGUGUAACCGGAACUUUAGGCCGUACAGGCCCUCAUUCGUCUGACUUCGCCAAUACUCUAGACCCUCGUGUUGAUAGCACUAGAACCGGUGCCACCGGGACUUAUGGUGGAUAUUCUGGCACCGAAACUGGCCUAGAUCCUCGCUAUGAUAGCACCGGCACUACUGGGACGACAGGAUACAGAGGAACCGACACCACGGGAUAUGGUGGUACCCACUCUAGGAGAGAAACUGGAGCCACUGGUGGCAUUUCAAGCUCAACAAACGCAGGCCCUCAUGAUUCGAACUUAGCCAACAAGUUGGAUCCACGUGUCGAUAGUGAUUUGGACCACCGUGGAAACAGACGCGGCGCUGAGAAGGGAGGUUUCAUGGGAGCGUCAGGAAGCCAUGCUACCCCUGGAAGCGGAACAGCUCAGAACACAGCUGGUCCUCACAACUCUGACUUCGCGAACCGCCUAGAUCCAACCGUCGAUUCCGACUUGGACCGGAGUAGGACCUAUGGCCAGAACAGGACUAAUAUGUAAACAAGCAUUUUCCAGGCCUAAGGGGUACCAAGAUGGAUCCGAACGGGAUCGUGUAUCCAAUUACAACUGUAUCCAGAAUUUGAAUUCACCCCCUGGCUCGUUCUCGAUACCCGAAGAGCACUCCGAAAUCGAAGCUUUCUUCACCUGUUGGCAAUACAAGCGCUAUGGAUAAUUGAAUUUUCUGGGAUUUUUGAAUGUAUAAUACAAGAUUGGCAACUUUCAGUACAGUCUAGUUUAUUCUUCCCUCUUUAUACAAUACGCU